AUGGCGGAGAUUACUAGGGAGAGCAAGCAACCCCCCUCACCUCAGGUCUCCUCUGAGAAGGAGAUACAGACAGCCGUGUCUAAAUCCGAAUCAGAGGAGGAUAUUGAGGCGACUCGAGCUCGCAUUCUUGCCGAGCAGGAGCCCCUCCAAAAACAAAAGGCCCCUCUAGUCCCCAUCACUGCUCUGUUUCGGAGGCGAAAGGACUACGAUGAGAAUGCGAUCGCCACUCAGCCGUCGGUGUAUGACAAUCCAGCUCUGGCUCGGUACUUCCAGCCCAGUCCAAAGUAUGAGAAUCGCCAUCGCUUCGAUCCAGAUUUCCGCUGGACAUGGAAAGAGGAGCUCCCUCUGAUCAACAAAAUGGACUGGAAGAUCACCCUGUGGGCCUGCAUUGCCUUCUUCGGGCUUGACCUGGGUCGCGGGAACUUGUCCCAGGCAAACACGGAUGAUUUUCUCCCGAAUCUCGGCAUGAAUACCAACGAUUACAAUCUGGGCAACACUGUGUUCCAGACCUCCUUCCUCCUAGCAGAGCUCCCAUCUCAAAUGAUCAGCAAGAAACUUGGGCCCGACCGAUGGAUCCCCUUUAUCAUGUGUUCAUGGAGUAUAGUAUCAGGAGCCCAAUUCUUCCUCAGUGGUAAGACAUCAUUCCUUGUUACUCGAGCUCUACUGGGUAUGCUCCAAGGCGGAUUCAUUCCAGACAUUGUUCUCUACUUGACCUACUUCUUCAAAGGGAGUGAGCUUCCGUUUCGACUGGCUCUCUUCUGGACGGUUCGUCGCGUCACAGAUAUUGUUGCUCCUCUCCUGGCAUUUGGUGUUUUGCGCAUGAGAGGAGUGCUCGGUUACGAAGGCUGGCGAUGGCUCUUCCUCAUUGAAGGAAUCAUCAUGUUGUCCAUAGGCGUAUGGUCUAUUUUCAUGAUGGCACCAUCGCCUACACAGACAAAAAGAUGGUACCGCCCCAAUGGCUGGUUCAACGAGCGUGAAGAAAAGAUUCUUGUCAAUCGAAUUCUUCGGGAUGAUCCUUCGAAGUCAGACAUGCACAAUCGUCAGGCGAUCACACCCAAACUGCUUUGGAAGUCUCUGAAGGACUAUGAACUCUGGCCAAUCUACAUCUUCGGUCUCCUUUGGGAAAUCCCGCCCGGUCCUCCUGAUCAAUAUCUUACCUUGACCCUACGCAGUCUAAACUUUGGCACUUUUGACUCUAACUUGCUCAGUAUCCCCGCUCAAGCUACUGGUGCAGUCCUGAUGUGUAUCACGACGUAUCUCUCGGAGCGGUGGGAUUCUCGUGCUUUAUUCGGCAUUUUCACCCAGUUCUGGUACUUGCCCAACCUAAUUGCUAUGGCAGUUUUGCCCAGCGGCACUAGUGCUUGGGCUCAGUAUGCGCUUGUCACCGUCCUGCUCUCUUAUCCUUCUCCACACGCAAUGCAUGUCGCUUGGGCUAGUCGCAACUCAAACUCGGUUCGGACCAGAGCUGUAUCGUCUGCUAUAUAUAAUAUGAUGGUCCAGCUUGCUCGAGUCAUUUAUUCCAAUAUUUAUCGCGAAGAUGAUAAGCCUGAGUAUCGACGUGGAAAUCGUGUUCUAGUGGGAAUAAACUGCAUGAAUAUUUGUGUCUAUAUCAUCGCUAAGCUAUUCUACAUGCACCUCAAUCAGAAGAGAGACAAAGAAUGGAACGCGAUGACUGAAGAGCAACGACUUGAGUAUCUCGCAACGACUAAAGAUGUUGGGAGUUCGAGGAAAGACUUUAGGUUCGCCCAUUAA